AUGAAGGCGUUAAAUGGCUUAAACAGUGGAUCUUUGAUGGGUUCCGCCUACGCAACGUUGACGAUUGACCCACGAAAUGCAUACCGUUCCUCGUCCGAGUCCAGUUUCUUGCAAGCAGCGUUGCAGAACGGGACCUCGCCCACCGUAUACAAAAACAGCUUCGCGCAGCGCAUCCUAUUCAGCUCUAACAACACGGCCACCGGAGUCUUGAUUACUACAGCUGGACCGUAUGGCAUACCUGCGGUCAAUUACACUCUAAGCGCACGGAAGGAAGUAAUAGUGUCUGGCGGUGUCUUCCAAUCGCCGCAGCUUCUCAUGGUGUCCGGCAUCGGCCCCAAGGCUACUCUUUCACAAUUCGGCAUACCAGUCCUCAAAGAUCUACCGGGUGUAGGCCAAAACAUGUGGGAUCACACCCUGUUCGGCACAGACUAUCGCGUCAAUGUGAACACCGCUUCCGCCGCAUUAAACAAUGCAACCCUCGCUGCUGCUGGAGUCAAACUCUUCCAACAAAAGGCAACAGGCCCCCUUUCCAUUUUCGGUGCCAGCUACUAUGGCUUCGAGGAUCUACCCCAGCCGUACCGCUCGAAAUUAAGUAACGCGUCCCUUUCCGCCCUCGCAGCAAACUUCCCUUCAGAUUGGCCGGAGCUAGAAUGGCUCCCCGUAAGCGCAUACCUAGGCUACCAAGAAGACCGGCAAACCGCCGAUCCCCGAGAUGGCUCCAACUACGCCACCAUCAACACCGCCAUCGUCUCGCCUCUCUCGCGAGGGAAUGUUAGUCUGCAAAGCGCAUCAAUGCUCGACCCACCCCUCAUCAACCCCAAUUGGCUCACGGACCCCACCGACAUAGAAUUAGCCAUCCAGUCUGUGCAUCGCCAACGCGAAAUAUGGUCCUAUCUCACCAGUCAAGGCCUGACGAACGGCGUGGAAGCUCUUCCAGGCGCCAACGUCACUUCGGACGCUGAUAUCUUGGCAUACAUCCAGAAGAGCAUCAUCCAAGUAUACCACGCGGCUGCCACAUGCAAGAUGGGCGCGCGAAACGAUUCGAUGGCUGUCCUCGACAGCCAAGCGAGAGUCUACGGAACGCAGAAUCUAAGAGUGGUCGAUGCGAGUUCUUUUCCAUUUUUGCCGCCGGGCCAUCCACAAAGUACGAUAUAUGCGCUAGCAGAGAAGAUCGCAGCAGACAUUUUGGGGAACGAUACGCGGGGGCCGGGUUAUAAGAUGGGGCCGGACUACUCUGCGAUGCUGGGAGCGCAGGUCAAGACUGUGACGAGUACUAACGAUAACGGUGCUGGUACUGCCAGGAUUGGCGAAAAUGGUAUGGUCAGUCUUGCGCUUUUAUUGCUGGCGGCCAUAUUCUCCUAUCUUGUUUGA